CGAAUCGCACUCGAAUUACGGAGACUUACGUACACCCCGGCCCUUUAAGCAGCUCAGCCCUUGAUGUGAGAAGCCGUGAGAAGCCGUGAGAAGCUGUGAGCACGUUGUUUUGCGGCUAGCGUCACCGAGCCAAACCGAGUGACUUUGAGCACUUUCUGAUUGGCUUCACGCACGACCAGACGCCCACAUGGCGAGAAUCUACCGUGCUAAGCGUGCAAAAACCAUGUCCAAGGCACGACCAGUGAUCCUUGACGUCAAGGCUCGAGUCAAGGCUCGAGUUACAGACUACAAGUGGUGCGUGCCAGAUUCACGGAUGCUGAGGCUGAGGGGGAUGACGCCCGGGCGAUAAGACUGUGGUUAUGUCUCGGGGAUAUUAAUUUCAUAUUAAAUCAUACUUUGAAGAAGAAGGAAGAAGGGUCGUUGCGUGCGUACUUGACGUUUUUGUAAAAUCAUUCAUCUACCUUGACGUCAAAGCCGCCCCGUGUUGGUCGCAACGCCCAAAGCCAAGAUGGGGAUGGAUAUGAAUAUGGGCAUGGGCAUGGACAUGAGCUCCGACAGCGCCGCCUUUGUCCAUACCAACUCGUCCAUGGCGCGUAGCUACUGGUAUAUCAUAGCCGCGGUCCUGGGAUUCACAGCUCUUCUCCGCAUCUUCCAGAUCGCAGAGACACGCACCAGGUUACGCUUAGCAAAACUCCGCGCUGUCCAACACCCCACCCGGCCUCGCAAUGCCCUCGGCCAAGCCUUCGCAACAGGCAGCGCCAUCCUCCGCGAAAUCGCCGCUCCAAAAUACCACAUCAACAACCGCUGGGUGUCAUGGCUGAGUCCCCCCUCCCUCGGCCGCAGCCUCAUCGUUGUCAUCUACAUGGCCGUCAUCCUCUACAUGCUCCUGUGGCACUCCAUCACCUUCGACGCAUACUACUACGAAAAGGUGGCUUUCCGCGCGGCCUGGGUGUCGGCCACGCAGGUCCCGUUCGUGUACCUCCUGGCGUCGAAAGCCAGUCUCAUCGGUCUACUAUCCGGUAGCUCGCACGAGCGGAUUAACUGGCUUCAUAGAUGGGUGUCGAGGACUCUCCUCGUGACGGUCACGGUCCACGGCGGCUUCUUCUAUGUCGAAUGGUACCGCGCUGAUUUGGUGGAGGUGGAGCUGCAGAUGAUGACGAUGGUGAAAUAUGGGAUUGGGGCAUGGUCGGUUCUGGCGUGGACAUUCAUCACCUCCCUAACGCCAAUCCGCAGCUUCUCGUACGAGCUAUUCGUUCUCCAGCAUAUUGCGGCGGCAGCAGUCUUUUUGUGGCUCCUGUGGAUGCACGUCCCGGCCUACGCGCGGUACAACAUCUGGUUUGCAAUUGCGGCGCUCGUGUUCGAUAAGUUAGCCAUGUACGCCUGGACCGCGUGGACAAAUGCUCCUGCGUCAGGGAGGACGGGGAGCGGACUAUCUAAGUUCAUCGGACACCGUGCCGAGAUCAGGGCUGUGAACACCGAGAUGACGGAAGUCAUCAUUCACGACGUACAGUUUAAAUGGGCUGCUGGUCAGCACAUCUACCUCCGCAUCCCCUCCAUUGGGCCUCUGGAAGCACACCCCUUCACGAUCGCUAGCGUCUGCUCGGACACGUCUAGCGCGUCCUCGAUACAGCUGCUCGUCGAGAAGAGGGGCGGUUUCACAAAGCGCCUUCAUGCUGCUGCUACGAAGGAACAAGAUAAGGGGGUUACUGCAAUCAUCACUGGACCCCUCGGCCGUCCGCCUACCUGGGCCGCGUUCGAGACUUUGAUCCUGAUAUCGGCCUCGACGGGGAUUACAUUCACACUACCUAUCCUGGAAAGCAUGGUCAAUAACACGGAUGGCCUGAGCUGCGUGCGUCGCAUCGAGAUGCUCCAUGUUGUGCGCAAACGCGAUUCGACAGACUGCUACAUCGGGCGUGUAAAAGCCGCUAUCACCGCCGCAGAACGCGUCGGCAUCGCCCUCACAGUCCGGAUCGCUGUGACCUGCGGAACCUCGACCGGGACAAAGAGUUGCUUCGGCUCGAACAACCAAUGCCAUAGUUUCGACAUGGCUCCCAACUUCGCGGUCGAAGUCUCCAACCCCACCGCGGCAGCAGCAGCGACGCAAAAAUCAGACGUGGAGAGGGGAAUCAUUCCCAUAGAGACCAGGCCCAUCACCCCCAGCACAGAUAAGGGCGACUUCACAUCCAUCAUGAUCGAGCGCCCCCCCACAUGGACGAGAACCAACUCGGCAGAAUCCGAAACGACGACGUUGUUGAAAACAAAUCGGCAAAUCAUCUACUCCUCCUCCCGGCCCGACAUAGGCGCGUUCAUUCGCCGCCCUGUGGAGGUUACGGCGGGGGAGACGCUAAUCACUGUUUGCGGGGGGGAGAGUAUCGUGGCGUGUGUGAGGAAUCAUGUGGCGGCUCUGUCGGAUGAGAGGGGGGUGCAUAAGGGGACGGGGGCGCAGGGGAUUGCGCUGUUUACGGAGCAUUAUUGUUUUUAGAGGGGCGGAUGGCGGAUGGCGGAUGGCGUUGGAAUGGAUGGCAUACCCCUGACUGGAAUGGAAUGGAAUGGAAUGAAGGGUACUAUAGUUUUGCUGCCGUACCCAUAAGAUAUAGGUACAGUACAUCAAUCAUACCGUGCCUUGAACACGUCAUGUGCCAGCGGCGCUGACGCUUUGGUUGUCGGAGGGUCUGAGGGCUGAAUCAUAUAGCGCCCGCCUACUUAGCCCCAUGCAUGUCGGCGUGUUACUGACGAUGAUUAAGAUUAACUUACCCCAUAGAGGACUAAGUUAUGCAGCAUAGUAUUACGGACUAUGUAGCGUAAUUCAGCAGGAGCAGUUAUCCCAAUUAUGGAUAAAAUAAGUCAAAAGUUAAGAUAAGUCAAGAUAAGUUUUAGAGAUAUAUUUUUGUGUAGGAGUGCAGGAGCAGCCGGGCCAGGCGCCAUUGCGUGGGACGUAAUGUAUGUAGAUCAUAUAACAAGUAGAUGGCGAGUAAACAAAGGAUAUUGACAACUCACGCCUGCCUUUG